CAUGUCCAAGGAACCAAGUGAAAUGGUUGAUCUCGAAGAUAGGGAUCCCAAUACACUGAGUCAACAUUUGCAGGUGUCAUGGGACGAGGUGUUCGGCGAACCGGACACGAUACGAAGUCCGGAAUGUGCCUGGUCUGUGAGCCAUCAGUGCUUCAGAUUGUCCAGGAACUGUUGUUACACCUGCCUAUCGGUUUUAUGCGCCCCGAUCGCGGCCUUUUUGAUGGGCAUCACCUUCGCCUGCAUAUCGUUUAAGCACAUUUGGUGCCUCAACCCUUGUCUAAGGAUUUGGAAAAUCACCUGCGCCUCAACGAGAAACUUCGUGGCCGCCUGCGCCCAGGCCAUCGUGGUGCCCUGCACCGAGUCCUUCGGCUACUUCUGGUCCCAGAUCAGGGUCAAGCUGCAGAAGCUUCCGGACGGCAACGACAGAAAAGAGGACGUCUUACUCAUAUAAAUUGUCACAUGUUAACAUAUUUUUACACAGAACUCGUAUUUUUUAUGUAACAUUCUUCCAUGUGUGUUAAGGCAGCUUUACAUGUACAUAUUACAAAAAAAAAAAUCUAUAACAGGUCUGUGGAAUUGUGCAAUUGCGUUAAACUUAUGAAUAUUUACCCCUUGAUUAUGUAAAUUUUAUUGGAUAUCAAACAACGAUUGCUUAAAAUAAAUUAAAUUGUCCCACACUGCGUAUUUUUUUAUUAGUUGUAAACCAGGAAAUGAGUGCAAUUUAUUUUUUAACCAGAUUCAGGGCAACAGCUCGAAGAAAAAAAAAAGGAACACACGCAAUUACGGGAUCGAUAUUGCUUCGUGAUAGAUUUUCAAGUGGUCAUUUUUCUUUUUAACUUAAGCAGGUCAACGUACCGAUAAGAAAAUGAAUUUAUGGAUGGAAAUUUGCAAUUCACCUAGAAAUGUCUUGUACAAAUUGCCCACGUGAGCCAUAAUGAUGGUCCGUUUAUAACAAAAUCAAUAUUUUUAUCAUACAAUCACGUUUUUUACUUUUUGUUUUUAAUUUGUCUAUGAGAUGUUCCAAGUUGAACAAUAAUCUCUGUAUAAACUACGUUAAACAAUAAUAAGAGGUCAGUUAAGAUAAGAUAGUUGUGAGUGUAUUUAUACAUAUUAAUUUUUAUUUCUUCGUAAUA